CUAGCUUUCCUAAAUCUACUCUAGAGCCAAAAUGGGUGAUGCUUGGAGACUAUGUUCCCUUUUGAUUGUAUUCUUGUCUACCUCCUUGGGCAGUGCUGGCCCCCCACGCAGCCGGAUCGUUGGAGGACACGAAGCGAGGCCCCACUCAAAACCUUACGCAGCAGCUUUGAAAGUUGAUGGAAGUUUUGGAUGUGGGGGGUUCCUCAUUGCCCCCCAGUGGGUGUUGACUGCAGCCCAUUGCAACGGAGGGAUUUCCGUCAUUCUGGGGGCGCAUGAUCUGGACGCCGUUGAAAACACCCAGCAAGUGAUCGGCGUUGAAAGAUACUACCAGCAUCCCAGUUACGCCAUAGUGGGGGGCAUUCCUUUCAACGACAUCCUUUUGCUGAAGCUGCGACGCGAAGCCGAACUGAACGAGUACGUCCAAGUGAUUCCUGUUCCAAAGACCAUGGACGACCUUCCCAAGAACACCAAAUGCUUUGUGGCGGGAUGGGGCCGGAUCGAUGCGACAUACAACCCCACUCCGAAGCUGUUUGAGACCAACGUGACCGCCCUCGGACGCAGAAAGUGUCUCCAGUUUGACCCGGAGCUUACCGACGGGAUGCUGUGUGCUGGCCGCCGGUCCGUCCUCUGCGACGUCAGUAAUGGGGAUUCUGGGAGUGCCUUGGUCUGCAACGGGGUGGCCCACGGCAUCGUCUCCUACGGUUUCCAGAUCCCUCCUUCGAUAUACACUCGCGUUGCCGCCUACCUUCCUUGGAUCCAAGAGACGAUGGGGUGAAAGCUGAUGACGAGAGAAAAAUCCCUUGCAACUUUUCAAGCGUCUCCUUUUUGCUUUCCUGCGCUUUCCAGACGCCUGAUAAAGAACAGUUUGCAAUACAGAAAGUCUUGAGAGAGGUGCAAUUUGAUCAGGUGCAUUAGGCAUGUUAUACCGCUGGCCUUUUGACUGGCACAAAAUAGAAUAACCCUUGUCAAUUCCUGGACCAGAUAUUGGUCCCCCCCCCGCAACCCCCAGAUUUCUGCCAGCUCUUUUCUUGUUUGCAAAACUGUGGGUCCAUUUAUACUGCAACACCACGCCCAUUUUCCUGGCUGGCGAGUUCUGGGAGUUGAAUCCCACGCCUCUUCGAGCUGCCAAGGUUGAGAAACACUGGGGAAGAGGGUUGGCGUAGAUGCCCUUUUAGAUCCCCUCCAACGCUUUAUGGUGCCCCAGUGUCGAAAUCGCUCUGCACGCAGGAAUAACACUGUUCUUCCUGUGAAUGAAAAUCUGCAAGCCUCUUAAACCGUGUAACCACAACAUCUGUGCGUAUUUUCGUACGUCUGGCUCACAGCUAAUGCCUUGGUGACGGUGCUGCGCCCUUCCUGAAAUAAA